AUGAUAAAAAAAUUCUCAUAUUUUACUUAUGAAUCUCUUCCUGUUUACACAAUGGUCACUUCAUUUGUGUUGGAUAGCAAUGUAAUGUAAUUUUUUUUGGUCAAUGUAAAUUAUGAAAUUGAAAUUAAAGCCUACAUUUGCAAUAUCAGAUGAAAAUACUAUGAUGUCUUUUAGCAAGUAUUCAAAAACUAAAUUCGCCUUAUAAUUGAGAUUGUCUGCAGAAAUAGAGUAAAUUGAUGAUACUUUACAAAUUAAAAGAUGGGCAACCUUCGGUAUGAAUUAUGAAGAAUUAUCAAAAUUACUAUAUCCAGAUUUGCUACCAGAACAAGAAUUUGUUAUAUGUAGAUUGAUUGAUUAUGCAUUUAUAUAGAAAAUCAAUAAAAAUAAUUAUUCGGAAAGUUGUAUGACAGACAUUUCGAAAUAGUUUUUAAAGAAAAUCUUGAUCAAGAGAACCAAUUGACUUAUAUCAUAAAUACAGAUUAGCAUGGACAAUUGAGAAAACAAAUAGAAGUAUGAGAGUAAUUUCAUUUUAGAAAUCAUUAACAUGGGUAGCAGGUUGGCACCAUCCAAAGUAAUUUAUAAAACAAUAAGAAGGAUAAAGGAAAACAAUUUGA